UUUGCAGCAGAUAGAUCCUCAUUGUUUGCUACUUCCAGUUUCCAGCAAUGGGAAUGAUUACUUGACCAGUAUCAAGCCAGCUGGUAGCACAGGCUCCUGAAACAACAUACUCACUCUGUGUCUUCUACAGCAAAGCCACGCUGCCAAAUUUUCAUUUCUGAGAAAGGCACAGAAAGUCCUGCAUGGUUGAAGGUCCAUCAUCAGGAGGAAUUAUCAAUGCUAAUGAACGUUUUGUCACUGUGGACCUCUACUCUUUGAUUCCAAUGACGAGAUGUAUUGUGUUUUGCUGUUGAUCGUUUUACAGUGUUGCAGGCUGAAAGGUCAAGAUGGUGUGUUCACCAUCAAUAAAGUUACACUCCGGGCUGAUCCUCCUGAGCAAGUGUCGAAUGGGAAGCCGCUCACUCUCAAUUGUUCUGCAGACAUCAUUAAGAGCGAACACUUCAGGCUGAAUUACGUCUUUUCAUUUUCCAAGAGUGACAAAGUUCUGUACAACGGCACCUCAGAACAAGCCUGGGCACAGUAUACAAUCCCCAAGGCUCGGUUUUCUGAUUCAGGAGAAUAUGACUGUACAGUGAGAGCAGAGGAGAAGACAAGGUCCAGUGAACCCGUGACUGUGAACGUGAAAGGAAUAACAAAACCAAAACUGAUUGUCCGGCAAGAAGAAGUGAUGGAAGGAGAGAAAGUGUCUUUACGUUGUGAAAUACCAGAAGAAAAGCCUCCGUUUUAUUUCACAUUUUAUAAAACCCGACAGGCUCCAGAUCCAUUGAGAAAGAGCAGGAACCAGGGACCGGUGAAUAAAAACUUUGCUGAGUUUGAAUUUCCUGUUGAUGUGGGAGACAAGAUUUUGCGAUUUGAAUGUACUGUCAAAAUGAAUUCAAUGACAGGCCAAGAAGUGUCAGAGCCAAGUAACAGAACAAUAGUUACUGUGAUCGAACCAUUUUCCAAUCCCAAAAUAACUAUCCACCCACUGCAAAACAUUACAGAGGGGGAUAAAAUUGACAUUGAAUGUACAACUAUCUUGGGUCGUCCAGAUCAAACAGAGAUCCUAAUCCAGAAGAACAGAACCAUCCUUAACAGCAUGAAGGGAAGAGAGAGAGUGACAUACUCCAAAAUAGCCACCAUGGAAGACAAUGGCAGUUACACGUGCAAAGUGGAACUGGGGAGUGUGUCCAAAACUAGCGUAGCAAAUGUGGUAGUGACUGAGCUGUUUUCCAAACCAAAAUUGAUUCUUCCCAAACCAAACUUGGAUGAACACAGCCUCUUAGUAGUUCAAUGUCAUGCUAAUGGCCACCCAUCAAUAAACUUCACUCUCCUGAAGAACAACGUAGUAUUGGGAUACUCCAGAAUCUAUAGUCGUAGAGCCCAGGUAUCUGACAGUGGAGCCUACGUAUGUAGGGCUGAGGUGAAGGGGAUUGUCAAGGAGAGUGACCCAGUAUUGGUACGUGUUUAUGCUCCAGUUUCCCAGCCCGCCCUUUUCCAACCGGCUUACCAAGUAGCAGUGCUGAGGAAGAAUUUUGUUUUAUACUGCAAUUCCACACAAGGAACUCCGCCCAUAACGUAUACUCUCUACAGAGGAAACGUGUUUGUUAUGAACAAGACAAUGGAAGCCAAAGGCAAGGCAGCCAUUUUUGAAGUCCAAGCAAUGGAUUUGCAUCUAGGGGAAUACACGUGCCGUGCUCAAAAUGGUCAUUCACGUACCGAGAAAAGCACUGGGUUAAACGUUACAGUGAUAGCUCCAGUUCAUGACGUGAUGAUUGCAAAACUCCCAAAAGGGGAUGUGGAAGAUGGCCAAGAUUUUACGCUUUUUUGCAGUGUUCGCUCUGGAUCUUUUCCUAUCAACUUCAGCUUUCUUCAAGAAAAUAAUGCAAAACCCUUAUAUUGGGUAACACAGGGGGAGAAAAAACCAGCUCGUUGGCAUAGGACUGGAAUCACAAGUCAAGAUGCAGGGAGGUACUUUUGCAGAGCUGACAAUCAAGCCCAAUCAUCUGACAAGAGCGAAAUGAUUGUUGUCAAUGUUGUUCUGGCUUCAUGGAAGAAAAGUAUCAUCAUCGUGACAUUUACACUGGUUUUUCUUGGGAUUGCCAUUGCAGCUCUUUGGUGGUACUGUUCUAAGAAAGCAAAAGCCAAAGGCAGUGCUUUGGAACUGACUAGUACCAUGCCAGCAGCCAACUCAGUGGGUGAGAAGCUGACAUCCGGACAGAAUUAUGAAAGGGAAUUUUGUUAUGGUUAUAAUGACGAUGAUGAAAAAAAUCACAUAAACUCAAAAGAGGAGAAUAAAGAAGCUGACCUUGGGAAUGCUGAAGUGGAAUAUACUGAAGUGGAUGUCUCCGUUCCUGACCCUUACAGGGCUCCUGUGACAACGAAGAAUGAGACAGUUUAUACGGAAAUCAGAAAAGCUGCUAAUGAUGCUGGGGAAAGCAGACAUUCUUUUGCAUUAUGAGUCAAGAUAUGGAAGAUCUUUUACUAUUUUGAUGACUGCAUCAUGUACAUUAAAGCCAUAGAAUAGAAAGUUCUCCAGAUGGGACUUAGAAAAUCUGACGACAAGCAUCAGUGGAAACAAGCAGGAAGAUGUUCCACAUGUUCUACACAUUCUGUAGCAUUUAGGUGCUUUCAGAAGUCACAUUUUGCUUGAGCUGUUGUGGGUAGCCCCUGUGGGGUGAACCUAACACACAGCAUUAGUGCUGCCCAGCCACUGCAACAUAGUGAUGUAGACUCCCAAUUUUUGUUCUAUAUUUUCUUUAGUGUCACACUAACCAAAGCAAAGUGUGUAUAUAAUGGUGAAAGGUUUGCGACCAUUCUUGUUUUCAUCCUAGAAGCACUUACAGAGAAAAGAUAAGCCUACCAAAAUGUUUACCGCCUUUCUUGUUUUCUGUUCUAAUCCUUAAAGCAACCACAGGUAAAAAAAUAAGCCAAAAUGUGAAGCAACAUCUGCUCACUCCCUUGUGUUCCUUGGAGACUGUGGAGUGCAUCCUGGCAAUUGGUGACAGAAAUGCUGCUGGUGGCAAUAUAUAAUAGGUCUUUGUUAUUCCCAGAUUUUACACAUUUUUUCAUAGAGGAAAAGCCUAAAAUGUGAAGUGCCAUUAACAGUUACCAUUUGAUAUAAUUUUUCGUCCUCCAUGGAAUGCUCUGAUGCUACUUCUUUGGGGCAGGCAGGAAAAAGUGUUUGUGUCUAUGCCCAUAAUCUGUCAUCACAUUCAUCUUUAUAAGGUGCACAAUAAAGAUAUCCUUCAAGGAGCUUGGUACAUUUGCCUGCCUCUUUUCCGUUGACAUCUAAAUUGUAGUACUAUCAUACUCAACUCAAGUUCACGUUACUGCAAUGCUUGAAAUGUGGGGAUUGAAAUAAAUUUGUUUUGUUAGAAUUCUUAUUUGGAAAGGCCAAUGUCCUCUUCCCACUCCCCCAUCAUGACAGCUAUACCACACAUUAAAAUUAACCCAUAGUUAAAACAGUUAAAUAUCAAUGUUUCAUACGCAAACAUUUUGAAAACUGUUGUUAUCUCUGUGGUUAUGUAACAGCAUAUCAAACCAGAAGGAUAAAUGACCAUUUGCCAAACUGUGUUUAUUUUGACGUACCAAAACAGUGAAUUUUUUGGGUGUUCUAUAAUAAAAUAAAUCUAAAUGCUGCAAUACAAAGUUAAAAUUGUACCUUUGAAUUAAAAAUCAACAACACUAAAUCAUGACAGGAACUUUGCAAUAUUUCUAAUGGCAAUUGUAGAUAGGAUAAUUUUGAUCAUGUUUCCGUAUCCAGAUGUUAUUACACUGAAUCCAAUGAAGUAUUUUAUUAAAGAAAUUAUCCAAAUGUCA